CAAAUAUUACCAUGAUUGCAGUGACUGUGGAUAACUUAUUACCAUAACAGAUUAUGAACUGUACUGAACCCGUUGUUCUUUUUAAUAGCAUACUAGAGCGAAGACAAUGGAUAACUAUGACAAAGACAUGUUCAUCAGCUGGGAAUUCUGGUUAUCUAGUAUAACUUGAUUGAAUCCAUACAGUCAAAGAAUGGAUUCCUGGUUGUAGAGUGCAUUUUUCACCGUAGGUGGCAGUAUACAAAAAAUCACGUGAUAAAUACAGUCCGCCAUAUUGGAUAUAACUUGGAUUUACUAGACUUUUGAAAACAGAAUAUCGAAUAACUCUUUAAUUGAACGAAUUAUUAUAUCUUUUAACAUCAGAAAAUCUAACCUGACCGGAACAAGAAGCUUUAGCACUGGUCGAUAUAUGCAGUAACAAUUCUAUCUUGCUCGCAAGAUGUUUAACACAGGAGCAACCACACAGGAAACAGAACAACCUAUCCCCGAUCAGCAAAGAAGGACCUUAUUUAAUAUAUACCAUAGAAGAACUGUAACUCAUCAUGAUACCAGAACAUCUUCUGAGGAAACAAGAAGCCCUAACACUGGUCAAUAUAUGCAGCAGCAGUUCUGCCUUGCUCGCGAAAUAUUUCAAGAAAGAGGCACUGCAAACGCAUCACAAGAAACAGAACGACCCAACAUUGAUCAGCAAAGAAUCGACUUAUUUAAUAUCUACCACAGAAGAACUGUAGCUGCUCAUAAUUGCAGAACAUAUUUUGAGGAAGAUGAAUAUGAGGUUCAUUCACCAAACACUGCCACCAAUGACCAAAGCUGCCAGAGAAUGCAAGAUAACACACUACUGAUAAAUAUUCAAUCUGAAAUGUAUGUGUACAUAUAUAAGGACUAG